ACGCUCAUUUCUGAUCCCAGAUUUGACUUGUCUUUCCUUUUUCUGUCUCGUACUUCCUACCUGCUUGGAAUGCAAUUCUAGUUUAUUGGCUGCUGGAUUUCGCGGGAUUUCGGUUUUGCGAGGCGAGUGGUGCUUGUGAAUUGUAGAGCUAUGAUGAGAUCACUGACAUUUGUUCCGUUUUUUCUUGGCUUUUCAGAUCAUUGGAGGUUGGUCCGUGGGCAAUGUGAUGAGAGGUGGCUUGUUAGAAAGAGGGAAUUGAAGCGAGAGGCUGGGUUUGAAUGAUGGCUAGCAAGAGAUCUGCUGUAAAUUGUCUGAGCUGUGCACAGGUCUUUACGGCGUUUGUAUUGAUCUAUGCGGCACGACUUUUGCAUGGAUAUACUAAUCCUGCCGACGUUGCUGCAAUUAAUGGUUUAUAUGCUGCACUUGGAUGCCCGUCGCUUCCUGGAUGGGUUCCUAAUGGUGGAGACCCAUGCACUGAGUCUUGGCAAGGAGUUGUAUGUAACAAUACAGAUAUUAGUUCAAUAAUUCUUAUUGAUGCAAAUUUGGGAGGAGAACUAGGUGACAGCUUAAGCUCAUUUUCUUCUAUCAAAGAUAUACAACUGAGCAACAACAACAUUGGGGGUAGCAUUCCUUCCAAUCUUCCAGUGACCUUGCAGACCCUUUUCCUUUCAGAUAAUGAGCUAAGUGGAAGCAUCCCAAGUUCUUUGUCGUCUCUAACUCUACUGUUCGCUAUGUCUCUCAAUGGCAAUCAAUUGACUGGAGAAAUACCCGACGCCUUUCAGGACCUUAUAGGGUUGUUCAAUCUAGAUUUAUCCAGCAACAAUUUGAGCGGACAACUUCCGCCCUCACUGGAGAAUUUGUCAUGUCUGACCACUCUUCAUUUGCAGAAUAAUCAGCUUUCUGGGACUCUUGAUGUUCUACAAGAUCUUACACUCAAAGAUUUGAACAUAGAGAAUAAUUUGUUCAAUGGGCCUAUACCUGAUAAGUUGCUGAGCAUUCCCAAUUUCAAAAAAGAUGGGAAUCCAUUCACCCCAUUACCUUCACCCACAUCCCCAACAACACCACCUCCACCCCCACCAUUUUCUGGGCCACCAUGUUCUGGAAAAGCUCCAGGGGGAAAGGUUGAUGGACCAUGUGAGGAAUCAAAUGCCAAAAGAUGCAAAAAAACUACCAAUAGGGUAGUUUGGAUAUCAACUGGUGGGGCGGUGUCAUCAUUUAUAAUUUUGGUAUUAACAAUUUUGCGUUCCAUGCCAAGGAGGCCAGAAUUACCAAUUUUCUUUGUUCCCAUAGGGGCGCCCGAGCAGCCUCCGCCGAAGGUGGAAAAGCCCAAAAGUCCAUAUUCAAAUUCCCCCGCACCCACUUGCUUGGAUGUGCCGCAAUGUACCUGCCCUCCACCAACUAGGGUCUUGCAUCGAGAAUUUAGUGCUAGAAAUAUUGUGAUUUAA